AUGCCGUUCUGUGUGGCACUCAAGCAAUCCACUGGCGUGUAUCGCGCCUACUCAAUGCCUGACGAGGUGUUCCAAGAGGUUGCCACUACUGGUGAUGCGAUGGAACGCUUCAUAAUGCGCGACCCGGAUGAGAUUGCGCGUCUUCUUGACGCUACCCAGUCACGGGAUGAUCUGGCAAAGAUUGGAGCAAAAAUGGGAGUGCGGAUAAAAAGCCGUGACAUAAAGGCCAGACGUGUUUGGUUGGUCGCUGAAAAGCUCGUGGAGGGGCUGGAGGCGAAUCCUCCACUCACCGACGACACCAAGGGCGUGCAUGAAGACAUUGACGACCUCUGUUCUUACGACAAGAUGUUGCUCUCUAAGCUGUUGAUUUCCAUCGUUGGAGGUGAUGACAAGAUGCGUCAGGAAAUCACGGCCCUCAUUCAGUCCGAGGCAUCCCAUGUCUUGAACUCCGUGAUUGAGAAGCUCUUUGCCGACGACAAGCCUGAGAUUUCCAUCAUGAAUGCUAAGGCGGUUCUGGGCUACAUUAACGAGAAAGUGAAGGAGGAGAUUGAAGCGCUAAAGCAGGGAGAUGAAACACCUUUGGGCUUUGACGACCUCCACCUCAACGUGGAGGGCGAGACCAUUCUCAAGUGUUCUCUCUACCUUGAGCGACGCCACCAUUGCGAUGUGUUCUUUGACAAGACGACUCCCGCGAAGAAGCUCUACGACGAGUUUGAGAAGCAGACUGGGCUAACACCUGACCAGUUUUCCUUCAAGUGGGACACCGAAGAGGGGGCAUCAACCCUCAUGAUUUAUGACCAUCUUGGCUCGUAUGCGCUCCCCGGCCAGAGGUUCUACAUCCAGCUCAAAAUGUUGGGUGGUGCUAAGCCGACCAUCAAGCUCAUCAAGAAGGAGCUUUCAUCAAAGUCUUCGGCGAUGCAGGUGAAGACGAAAGAUGUGCAGACCAACGCCACCAUCGUUCAGAAAUACGACAAGACACCUGACAUGUCCAUCAAGACCCUUAUCACCGAAGGCAAGGCUAUUGCAGAGAAGCUUUACGUCUCCUCCCAGGGCAACCCCGACAAGACGCUUGAGGAAAUGCUGUCCAAAUUGGACUCCGAUACAUUAGACGGCUCGCUCUUUGAGUUCAAGACAACGAAACCGGAUGCUCGUGUGUCUGAGUUCUCGGAUAAGCUCUUGAACGGCUACGUUUCCCAGCUCAUUGAAGCAAAAGAAGCCUUGGAUGACACUUUGAGCUCCGUUGCUUCGGUUGCUCAGCUCGUGAUUCUUGGUUCGGCGAUGAAGGACAAUGGCAACAUGGAUUGGGCGAAGCUCAAGCAAAUGGCAGAGAUUGAGACCAAGCUUCGUGCGAAGACUGCUUCUGAGAUGCGCGACUGA